AUGGACCCUAGUAGGAAUAUUGAUGCUGUGUGCACCUCUUCCUCCUCUGUGUUAUGUGGAGCCACCCCAGACACUGAUGGAGGAAAACAACAUUUUAUCACAGUCUAUGCGUGCAUCAAGAGGCAUGAUGGUUCAUGCUCCUGGUACAGAGGCUGCGCACCACCAAAGAUGGACUGA